AUAAAAUUUUUUUACGGUCCGUUAAAUUGUUUGAUCGCAGCUCACGAAAAUUAUCUUGAAGUGCUUGAUAGCAUUUGCAACGUUAUCAACAAAUCUUGCAGAUUGUACCUAGUUUUUAACAAGGUAUUACUGAAGUAGGUCUUGCAAGAAGAGAUUCACUAGGAUCUCAUUUCUACGGGCAGAUACUGAACCAGGAAAUCAGCGCAGUGCGCUGGUGGUGUGUUGGGUUUCCUCGUUGCUUUUCUGAUGGAAACUGUGUAAUCUGCGGCGUUCUCUUUUAAAAAGGAAUUAUUAACCUUUUAGUAUGAAGCAGUGAUGGCAGUCAGCGAGAGUAACGUGUGUGCCGUUCUGCAAUGUCCCUUAUCGAAGCCAUCACACGGCGUCAGCGACGUGUGGUACUUCGAUGUUCCUCCUGUCACGGAUCCCAAAUAUUCCAGAUGGAUUGAGAUCCUAUCCAAAGGCCGUGACAGUCAGUGGAGUCCUACGCCGUCCACGAAAGUGUGCAGUCGGCAUUUCAGUACGGGCACCGUACUGCCGACGCCUGCGGAUCAGUCGGGGAAGCGAGGAAAGCGAUUGAAAAAAGGUGCCUGUCCGUAUGUGGUUGACGCUGAAGUCAUGGUGGCUGAGUCGAGAAUUUCUACAUCAGACCCAUUAGCAUCUCCAUCAACAUCUGCAUCGACAUCUGUUUUGGUAUCGGAUAAUGGCGAAACGGGACCUCCUGCGAAAAAGCAGCGUGUGGAUGCCGUGGACCCAAGCAUCCCAGAAAAACCCAUCGAAGACACCAAUAGUCUCCCUCCCGUCCUUCCGACCCAGUCCGUCGACGCCAUCAAUAAUCCCACUCCCGUUCCUACAAUUCAGUGCGCUCUUCCCCCUCCGGCUCCUCCGAUCCAACCAGUACAGGAACCAUCCCCCUGUCAGCUGGGUCUUGCACCGAAACUCCCCAAACUGGCUCCGAAGAAGCCGGGACUAUCGGCCGCACGGCAGCCCAGCACUUCCGCCUCCCUGCCCGCGUCGCCGCUGUCCAUGGUGCCCGCCAACCCCGCCGAUGAACCGGCAACAUCCGGUGGGGAUACCGCUGUGGAGGCGUGUUGUGUGCCGGGAUGUACGAUCAGCUCGGCGAAUGCCAUGGCGCAGGCGGUGACGCUGCAUGCCUUCCGGCCGUCCACGCAUCCUUUUUACGAGACGUGGACACAGCGCCUGCGCUGUGCGGCCACCUGGACGCCCAAGUCGACCGACGUCAUCUGUAGCCAGCAUUUUGAGCCGGGGGAUUUUCUGCAUCAUGAUGUUAACACCGGGGAGCUGCUGGCGCAGCGCCAGCUGAAAGACGACGCCAUGCCCAGUCAUCUGGCCGGCAUUAUUGACUUCCACUAUUCGGGUGUGUACACUCGGCACGAGGAUGUUAGUGGAAUUAUGCAGUGUAUGGUAUGCCACGCCAGUCGCAAACCGGGCCAGACCAAACCCUCGGAGCGGCUGAAAUUCUAUCCUUUCCCGACGGGCGCCAACACCCGGCGGGGCUGGAUGAACUUUCUCAAACAGAACGGUCGCGUGCAGGUGGUAACAGAUCGAUCUCUGGUGUGCGAGAAUCAUUUCACACCCGACGAUUACGCGCUCGGACCGACCAGCGGGGUCCUUAAGUCGCGGGCCGUUCCGUCGUGGACGCUGCGCAUACAACUGCAGUAUCCGCCGCCCACCGUCAAAUCUGAUUCCGAAAUAGGAUGCACUGCCAUGUGUAAGUCGGAAGAAAUCAGAUCUAUCAAAUCGCCGAUUAUAAGUGCGCAAAAUGUCACUGCGCGGACGGACGGCGUACUGGAAGAUGGACAGAAUCUCGUAGCGAAGAAUCUGGAGCGAGUGACGCCGCUCACCGAUAUGGAUGUAAGGGUGUCACGAGAAGAUCCAGGAUUGCGUCCGAUUGAUGAUAAUGUAACUACGGUUGAAGCCUCGGCUACAACACAAGAGAUCCCUCUGUUGGAAGAGAAGAAUAAUGCUGAUAACGAACUGAGCAGUACAAGUGGUUCUUCAUCCGUUGCGGCACAUCCGGUGCCAGUAGAAGAACAGUGCAGCAAAUCUGCUGUGUCUUCCGAAAAAUCUGCAACUGAUUGCGCUUCAUUUUAUUGUGAAAAGUGCAAAAUAUCUCUGCGAAAUCCCUGUUGGCUGCAUGCCGUGAGUUUUCCAGACGAGCCGACCACACCGCUGGCAAUCAGCAGUCUCCCCUAAGAAUCUCUCCAUCGACUUGUGCCAUGAUUCUCCAACAGGGAAGGCCGUCUUUGCCAAGGAACUUGUCCCGCCGCGCAUAUCGUGUUUGGGCCGUUGAUUGCUCCACUAACGACCGGAGAUGAUGGACAAGCGCGGUAUUUCUCGGUGAUAGAUGCACUGCGGAAGCAUUAUGAGCUG